ACCAGAUAAAGAGUGAUGAUCCCAUGGAUAUAGACCGAAGGAUUUUUGUCGGCAAUUUACCAACAAGCCAGAUGAGCCGUCACGAUUUGGAAAGCCUAUUUUCCAAAUAUGGAGAGAUCACUGCCGUCUCUAUGUUACGUGGCUAUGGAUUCGUGCAGUAUGAACGCAAAGAAGAUGCGGAUGCUGCUGCCAAGGGUGAGAGUGGUCGGAUUUAUAAAGGGUAUAGAUUAGAUAUUAACAAAGCAGUGGAAAGAAGAAAUAUGAAUAAGGGUCCGUCCAGGUCCAGCCCGUCACGAAGAGAUUUGUAUGGAUAUGGAGAAGGCCAGGAGCCAAGACAUGACCGUUCCCGCUCCCCACUGCGCUCUAGCCCAAGGCGUGUUAGUAGAGAACCACGUGAACGAGAUUUAAGAGCAGUUCGAGAUGGACGUGAACCAAGAGACAUUCGAGAUCCCAGAGACCUGAGAGAUUCCAGAGAUCGUGACAAUCGAGAUUUGAGAGAUGGCCGUGAAAGGGAUUUCCGUGAUGCUCGCGAUGCAAGAGAUCUGAGGGAUGCUAGAGACAGGGAUAUCAGAGACCCUCGAGAUGCUGAAGACAUAAGAGGUCCUCGUGAUAGAGACAUGCGAGAACUUCGAGAUAGAGAAAUCAGAGAUCGAGACACCAGAGAUCCUCGAGAUUCCAGGGAAUACAGGGACCCUCGAGACGUAAGGGAUGCUAGAGAUCUUCAGGUGCGUGAUACCCGUGAUGCAAGGGAUGCGAGAGACCCAUUGUUUGAAAGAUACAGGGAGGCGCGAGACCCAAGGGAUCCGUUAUACAGAGUCGGAGAUGUCGCUGAUAAGUUUCGCCUUGAUGAUCUCUACAGAAAGAAAGAUGAUUUGUAUGAUCGGUUUAGGGAUCCCCUCGAUAGGUUUCCCGAAGAUCGAUUGAAACGAGAGGAACGGCGCCGUGAAGAGUUGUACAGGCAAUAUUUCGAUGAAAUCCAAAGGAGGAUUGAUGCUGAGCGCCCUGUGGAUUGCUCUGUUGUGGUGGUUAACAAACAGUCAAAGGAAUAUGCAGAAACUGUGGGACGUAAGGUGCGUGACCUUGGUAUGAUGGUGGACCUGAUCUUUCUAAACACGGAAGUAUCACUGACCCAAGCCUUGGAAGAUGUUUCUAGAGGAGGUUCACCUUUUGCUAUUGUGAUAACCCAGCAGCACCAGACACAUCAUUCUUGCACUGUCAACCUCCUUCAUGGAACACCUCAAGAACAUCGAAACAUGCCACUUGCUGAUGCAAUGCUUCUUGUGGCACGAAACUACGAACGGUACAAAGUGGACUCUCGAGAGAAGGAACGUGAAGAUAUUGCACGGCAAGCUGCCAAGCUGUCUGCAGAAGCUAUAUUAAAAGAGCGUGGUUCUCUGGAUGAGGGAGGAAGGGGGGGUCACCCUUCUGGAAUAAUGACCCUCCUAGGCUUAUUGGCAGAUAAUAGAUAUGUGACUGCUGAAGAAAUAGACAAAGUGGUUCUAUAUUUACAGCAGCGAAAAGAGAGAAUAUUGACCAUGUCUGGUGACCCCAUAACAUCACAACUUUCAAGACAAACGGGAACAGCACCAACUUCUCAUGAUAACCAAUCUACUCAUGCUGGCAGUCAGACACUCCAGCUGAGUCAACAAUUAGGCUCUACUUCGGCAGCACCUCAGGGCGCAAGCACCUCUCAACAAGAGCUGCAGGCAAAAAUUCUCAGUCUGUUCAACAGUGGAGUUUCUACCACUUCUAAUACUGUCAGCUCUGCAGUAUCUGCUGCCCCAAGCCUGAACUAUGGCAGCAUGCCUAAUACUCAGCAACGGUCAUCAACAUCAAUGGAUGCAGGAAUUCUUGGUCCAGCCCCACAAAGAAACCAACCAAUAUCAAGUCAACUUCCAAAUACUAUGGGUGCAGGAGCUGCAAUUAGAAAUGCAGCACCUCGACCUGGCCCAUCUCAAAUGCAAAUGCUUUAUGGUCAACUUCCGAAUCGUGUCCUGGUACCUGGCAGUGUUCCAGGUCAGAGACCAGGAGCAUCAUCUGGUAUAAAUUUUGACAACCCCAGUGUGCAAAAGGCUCUAGAUACACUCAUCCAAAGUGGGCCCUCCCUUUCUCAUUUGGUGGGUCAGGCAGCAGGCCAGGCUCUUCGUGGUGGGCUACAGCAACAGCCUAUGGCAUCCUAUCCCCGUCACUUUUAGUGAAGAAGUGCUCCAAGUACAUUGGCCAUUCUCAUAGGCAUAAUUUAGCGUUACAUUUUGUAACAUGUAAGAAAGAGUUGUAAGUCUUUCCUUCAUUAUCGGUUAAUCCUUUCACAAUAUCAUGCAAUGAUUAACUAAAUGUUCUUUGAGUAAAAUGUUAAUUAUUGUCCUUACCAGUCAAGGUCCCAAGACAAGCUCCGAAGCAUUUC